UAUGGACUCCCCUUAAUGGGUAUCAAUGAGUUAAGCUAGAAGUUGAGCAGGUGCCACAUUUUGUUGUGCAUAUGAAUGUGAAAAUGAGAAUAAUCUUUUUCUUGAAAUAUUCUUGGUUUAGUUGGAGUGCUUUUCGUUUUCAGUCUGUGUAAAAGAAUUUGAUUCUCUUAUUUAAGUCUCAAUGGAUUCAUUGGAAACUUACCUACGGUGGUUAAUGGUGUUUCUUUGAUCUGGGUGGAUUCAGAAGUGUAAAGCCCUUUUGUCCUUUUUUGACAUUCUGUUCUUGGGUUCCUUCCUUUUUCAGAUUAGCUUUUAGGAAGUUUUAGGCCGGGUGUAACUGGUGUUUGCCGCGUCCAUUUAAUGGUUGUAUUGCACAUUCCACCCUUCUAAAAUGGUUAUAAAUAGGAGGAGAUAGCUAGUUUGUGAUUUGUGAACAUUGAAAGUGCUUUUUUGUGUUAUACAUUCUGGUGAAAGGUUCUGUAUUCAAGUGCCUAUCGAAAUCCAAAACAUGAGCUUCGGUGGCUCUUCGGGUAGCAGAACAGCACAAAGGGCAUUCGAGUUUGGGAGGACACAUGUGGUGAGGCCCAAAGGGAAGCAUCAGGCAACUAUUGUCUGGCUACAUGGUCUUGGCGAUAAAGGCUCGAGCUGGUCCCAGCUUUUUGAGAGUCUUCCACUUCCUAAUAUCAAAUGGAUUUGCCCAACUGCUCCAACUCGACCUGUUGCUGCAUUUGGUGGAUUCCCCUGCACUGCUUGGUUUGACGCGGGGGAUCUUUCAGAAGAUGCUCCUGAUGAUUUGGAGGGUUUGGAUGCUUCAGCAGCACAUAUUGCGAAUCUAUUGUCUACUGAACCAUCUGAUGUUAAAUUAGGUGUCGGGGGAUUUAGUAUGGGAGCUGCAAUGGCUCUUUACUCCGCAACAUGCCAUGCUCUGCGACAAUAUGGGAAUGGAAGCCCAUAUCGGGUGAACUUGAGUGUAAUUGUUGGUCUUAGCGGCUGGCUUCCUUGCUCAAGGACUCUAAGAAACCGAAUGGGGGGAUUAAAUGGUGCUGGGCGACGUGCAGCAUCAUUACCGAUUCUAAUUUGUCAUGGCACAGGUGAUGAUGUGGUCGAAUAUAAACACGGGGAGAAAUCUGCACGGACCUUAGUCUCAGCCGGCUUUCAGAAUCUCACAUUCAGGACAUAUAACGGGCUGGGUCACUACACAGCUCCCGAGGAAACCGAUGAACUCUGUCGCUGGCUCGCUGUGAAUUUGGGGCUCGACGGGGCGUGAUUUUGAAGUGAAGAAAAGCAAAGCAGAAGGAAUAGAGAUAAAAACAGUGUUUAGAGAGGAUAGGUUAUGGUAUACUUGCAUACUGUAGAAUAUGGUUUUUCAUUUUUGUUUAUCAUAAUAAAAUCACUGUGGGUUCUUUAAGGAUCUCUGAUAAUAAUAACAUCCAUUUGUUGUACACUAACAUUAGUAGUUUUAUUUAUUCACAUGAUAAGAUUA